AUGGUUUCUAAUGGGACGUCGUCAGAUACGCCCAGCAAUUUAUCUAUUAUGGACCUUGAAAAUGUUUCAUGUCCGAUUUGCCUUAAGAAGUUCGACAAUUUGCAAGCGCUAAAUAAACAUUUAGAUGUUGAGCAUGAGUUUAAUAGUAAUGAGGGUUCGCUUGGAUCCAAUGAGAGUAGUACGGUCAAUGGUAAAGCAACGAAGGUGAACUCUAGUGCGGAUAAAGUGCAAAAGUUGAAAAGAAGCCACUGGGAGAAAUUGCAAAAAGGGAUAAGCCACUGCCAAGCAUGUGGAAGAACUUUGAAUAACGAAAUUGGCGCCAUUAAUUGUAAAAAGUGCGGCAAAUUGCAUUGUAGAAGGCAUCUUCCCAAUAUGAUUAAACUAGACUUGUCAGCACGGUAUGAACCCGAGAAAGGGAAAUGGUAUAACUGUUGUCAUGAUUGUUUCGUGAAUAAACCUGGUUAUAAUGAUUACGGUAAAGCAAUAGACCUCACACAGAAAUUUUUCAAGCUACGAAAUAUGAAGAAGGAAGAUAAGAACUUGAGAUUACUACAACUUGAAAACCGGUUUGUCCGGCUGGUUAACGGGUUGGUCACACUCUAUAAGAAGUAUAAUGGAUCUAUUAUCUAUAACCUGAAGAUGAACAAUGAGAUGUCCAAGCUAGAACGUACAGUUACUCCCUGGAGAGAUGAUAGGAGUGUACUAUACUGCAAUAUAUGCUCCGAACCGUUCGGAUUAUUACUACGAAAGCACCAUUGCCGAUUAUGUGGCAUGAUUGUUUGUGAUAAUACGUAUAGAAAUUGCUCAAACCAAAUAGAUAUAGGAUACUUGGUAUCCGCAGCAUCUGACUUACCAUUUGACUACGAUACAGAGAGGGAUAGCUUGUCUGAAAUUCCUGUGUCUGUAAGAUUAUGCUCGCAUUGUAUUAGUAUGUUAUUUGUGGGUAGAAAAUUCAGCAAGGACGUAGAAAUGCCCCUAAGUGGAAUAUUUGCCAAAUAUGAAAGCAUGCAAAACAUAUCUAAAGUUAUUGACAGCCUCUUGCCCACUUUUGAAGAUUCGUUAAACAAUCUUAAAUUAGAAACGUUUAGAGAUUCUAAAAGAGUACCUGACCCAAAGAAUCUGAACGAGCUCGCUCGAUUAAGACACAAGCUGCUCAACUCAUUUAAUUUGUAUAAUACAUUAACAAGACAACUCAUAUGCAUAGAACCUCGAAACCACGUGGAAAGACAGCUCCAAAAUUCAAUCAAGACUGCUUCAGCUGCAUAUAUAAAUGAAAAAAUUCUACCCUUGAAAUCGCUUCCAGCGAUCUUAAAUCCAGAGGGACCGAAAACCCAAAAAGAUGAACCGGAGGUGAAGAAGUUAUCGCAAUUAAUGAUCGAAAACAUGACCAUCAAAGAAGUGAAGGAAUUAAGACAAGAACUGAUGGUCCUUAAGGAGCAAAGCUACCUAAUUGAAUCCACGAUCCAGGACUACAAGAAGCAGCGCAGACUGGAAGAAAUUGUCACCCUCAACAAGAACUUGGAAGAGCUGCACUCGAGGAUACAUACGGUUCAAUCCAAGCUAGGGGAUAAUGGUUUUAGUUGA